AUGUCUGCUGCUGACGUUCAAGUCGACCCUCAAGUCGAACGUCCCGACAAUAAUGCUAUGGCUUCUGCCUCCGACUCUAAUUCCAUCUUAACUGCUGAUUCAAAUAAGAUUGAUGACGAUAUGAAAUUAGACGGUGAAAACUCUGCUGACCGUGAUGUCAUUGAAAUUCCAAUUAAACCUGCUUCCGCUUAUGUUACCAUUUCUAUCUUUUGUGUUAUGAUUGGUUUUGGUGGGUUCAUUGCUGGUUGGGAUACUGGUACUAUCGGUGGUUUCUUGGCCCACUCAGAUUUCUUGCAAAGAUUCGGUUCCAAACAUCAUGAUGGUACUCACUAUUUCUCUAAUGUGAGAACUGGUUUAGUUGUCUCUAUUUUCAAUAUCGGUGGUUUGAUGGGUUGUUUAGCCCUUGGUGGUUUAGCUAACAGAGUCGGUCGUAAGAUGGCUUUAGUCGCCGUUACUGCUAUCUAUAUGGUCGGUAUUAUCAUCCAAAUUGCCUCUAUUGACAAAUGGUACCAAUAUUUCAUCGGUAGAAUUAUUUCAGGUAUGGGUGUUGGUGCUAUCUCUAUGUUCUCUCCUAUGUUAUUAUCUGAAGUUGCUCCAAAACAUUUGAGAGGUACUUUAGGUUCCAUGUAUCAAUUGAUGUGUACCUUCGGUAUUUUCUUAGGUGAUUGUACCAAUUACGGUACUAAGACCUACUCAAACUCUGUUCAAUGGAGAGUCCCAUUAGGUUUAUCCUUUGCUUGGGCUUUACUGAUGAUUGGUGCUAUGUUCUUCGUUCCAGAAUCUCCACGUUAUUUAAUGGAAGUCGGUAAGACUGAAGAAGCCAAGAGAUCUAUUGCUACUUCUAACAAGGUGUCUACCGAUGAUCCAGCUGUCACUGGUGAAGCCGAAUUGAUUAUGGCCGGUAUCGAAGCUGAAAGAGCCGCUGGUUCUGCUUCUUGGGCUGAUAUGUUCUCUUCUAACGGUAAAGUUGUUCAACGUCUAAUUAUGUGUUGUAUGUUACAAACUUUACAACAAUUGACUGGUUGUAACUAUUUCUUCUACUAUGGUACCAUUAUUUUCCAAGCUGUCGGUUUAACUGAUUCUUAUCAAACUGCUAUUGUCUUUGGUAUCGUCAAUUUCGCCUCUACAUUUGUUGCUUUCUACGUCGUUGAUAGAUUUGGUCGUCGUGCUUGUCUAAUGUGGGGUGCUGCUGCUAUGGUUUGUUGUUACGUUGUUUACGCUUCUGUCGGUGUCACAAGAUUAUGGCCAGAUGGUACUAAACAUAAGGAAAACUCUUCUAAGGGUGCCGGUAACUGUAUGAUUGUCUUCUCAUGUUUCUUCAUUUUCUCCUUUGCUUGUACUUGGGCUCCUAUCUGUUGGAUUGUCGUCUCUGAAACUUUCCCAUUGAAGAUUAAGCCAAAGGGUAUGGCUCUAGCUAACAGUUGUAACUGGUUAUGGAAUUUCUUAAUUUCUUUCUUCACUCCAUUUAUCACUGGUGCCAUUAAUUUCUACUACGGUUACGUCUUUAUGGGAUGUAUGGUUUUCGCUUACUUCUACGUCUUCUUCUGUGUUCCAGAAACUAAAGGUUUAACUCUAGAAGAAGUUAACGAAAUGUGGGAAGAAGGUAUCUUACCAUGGAAAUCCGCUUCAUGGAUUCCAGCCUCCAAGAGAGGUGCUGAUUACGAUGCUGAAGCUACUAAGGUUGACGAUAAGCCAAUGUACAAGAGAAUGUUCUCCAAGAACUAA